GUCAAUCAUGAGGUGGGAAAUCUUGUUAGUAAUCAUCUCUCAACUGCCAUCAAUAAUCCCGCAAUUGCAGUACAACAUUGUUGGAUAUACAAACAACAAUGCCAAGGUGUAUCAAGUUGGGACUAAGCAGAUCUACGUUGCGAAUUGGAGGACCAACUGGCACCAGGCUUAUGCAACAUGCAGGAGCCUGGGAAUGCAAAUGGUGACUAUCGAGAGCGAUGCUGACAAUCGCAAUCUCUGGGAUUUUGUCAAUGCCCAGAAUUUGGGCGAAUGCUGGUUGGGUGGAACUGAUCUGGGUAAUGAAGGUUCUUGGUCAUGGUUUCCGACUGGUCGGCAAUUUGUCUACACCCGUUGGGCCCCGGGAAAUCCCAACAAUCUCGGUGGACAGCAUUGCCUACAAUUCUGGACACGCUUCCCAACAUUCUGGGAUGACGAUCACUGCUGGCGCGAAAAAUUCUUUCUCUGCGAAGCAGUUCAGUGUACAUCUCCCGUCCAAGUUCAACUUCCCUCAACUGUUCAGUUACCGUCCAACAUACAAGUUCAGCAUGGAACUGUUCAGGUUCCUGCCACUAUUCAGGUUCAACCGACCUAUCAGGUGACAUCAAAUGUCCAUCAAGUGCAACCAGCGGUUCAUCUACCCGCAACAGUACAUGUUCCAACGGGAGUAAAUGGUGCCCUAUAUGUUUACUAAUUUAUUGUACCUAUCUUAUCCCAAAAUAAAUUAUAUUCUUAUUCAUAUUAAAAAUAUUU